GCUCCACCCACCUCUGGAACGUGAUCUCAGGAGAAUUUCUCUGAAAUUGAAUUUGGUCCUCUGGCCAAAAAGGGGUUAUACACCCUUGCAUUAAGAGCUUGUAUUAUAUCAGCUGGUGUUUUGAUGAUAUCUGAUGGAUGCUUACAAUUAUUUAUGAUCUCUUUCCAGAUUGAUUCAUGGUGCAAAGAGAACAGCUAUGUAAUAGCCGGAUACUAUCAAGCUAAUGAACGUUUGAAGGAUGCCAGUCCAAACCAGGUAGCUGAAAAAGUUGCUUCCAGGAUUGCUGAAGGAUACAGCGACCCAGCACUCAUAAUGGUGGAUAAUACAAAAUUUACAAUGGAGUGCAUCGUACCAGCGGUUCAUGUAUACGAGCACCAUGAAAACAAAUGGAGGUGCAAAGACCCACAUUUUGAUUACUGUGAAGACUGGUCAGAAGCCCAAAGGAUCUCUGCCUCACUUUUGGACAGCCGAUCCUACGAAACGCUAGUGGAUUUUGAUAAUCAUUUGGAUGACAUUCGGAACGAUUGGACAAACCCAGAAAUUAAUAGAGCUGUCUUACACCUCUGUUAGGGAAGCUCUUACUGACUUGACUUAAUUGGCAUUUCCACUGCACUGGAGAGAAAGACUGAAGCAGGGGUGAGGGGUGGGGAGAAAUUGUUUUUGAAUGUAAAUAGAAUACGCAUGGUUCCUUCAGCUGGAAAGCCAAUGAGCAAGACACAUCCCUUGGAGAAGGAUGUGUCCCUAUGCAGUCAGACUUUUGAAUGAGAAUCCUUGGGGUGUUAACCCUAAGUUGUGAUCUUCUUUGCAGAUUCCCUUCCCCCCAUCAUAUGUUGCUGUAAUUUUCCAGUCAGGAACUAGAUCUGCUUGUCCAAACGAUUCAUAUUUAAAAAAAAGUUUUGACUAACAUUUUAUAACCUUUAGAGAGUAAUUUUUAAGAAACAAAAAAAAAGAUUUAUGGGAUAUCUUUCAGAGAGUUAAUUACUCACUUUAUUUUUUAAAUAUUGAAAUCUAAACUAUUAGUGAAAAUUAUGUGAGCGGUCUGAGAGCUGUCAUUCUCAAUGCUAACCGCUGGACAUUGUGUGCCACUGUACUUGUUACGAUGACGUACCACACAGGGAGAAAAUGGUAGCUUGACAAGCAAUAGGUCCUCAGACCCUGCCAGGUUUCCCAGGUGCUCUGGGAAUGAUGCAAUUUUUAUUUUAUUUUAUCGCCUGCCAGAUUCAAAAUGUUAUUGUUCCAUUUGGUUUCAUCUUCAAUGGUUUGCUCCUUCCCUGGAUUUGUCAUGUCAUGGAUUGAUCAACAAAUCCACGUGAGUUUUGGGGUCGGUGUAUUUGUUCUUAAGGAAAAAAUGAAGUAACUCUUAUUUUGUGACUACACAAGCAUGUGUUAAAUGUACUGAGAGAGAUAAUAACAGUGUCUUUUAGUAUCUUCCUGGCUGUGUUUAGACAGAGGGGAGAACUUGAGCACUUCAAGCCUUGGGCUCAUGCACUCCCUCCUCACUUUCUCCCUUCCUCUGGAUGUCAGGGAGGAGACUGUCAUAGAUUCCUGGAUUUGCAACACAUACAUUGCCCCCCAAACUAUGAGCUGGCAUUCUGAUUUCCAUAAGCCAUCAUAUGUCAGCUUUAGAUAGCAGCCAACUUUUCUCUGCUACAGGCCUGGAACAGAAGUUUUGAAUCUUCUCCUCUCCCUCCUAAAAAUGUGUGAGUCUAAAGUUUGCCAUGACAUCCCAUUGUAGCUACUGUUUGCGAACAUUUUCACAUAAAUGAAUUGCAGAACUUCCAAAGGGGGUUCUUGAAAAAUAAGCCCAACACAAACAGGAUGCACACAGCUCUUCUUAAGCUGCACUGAAAUUAUUGGGAGUUGCACACAAGCACAGCAAGUGGGUCUUUCAUGGGAAAUGCUCCUCUUUCGUAAUAUCCCUUAUUUCUUGGCAGCAGUCUUCAUGAAAUGAGUCCCAAAUAGUCACACUCGGUAUUGAAAGAAAAAGAGGACAAACUGUCCAGGCCUAGAUUGUUUAUAAACAGCUAAUGAAGUCUGGUGCUGAAUAAAGUUAUAUGCACUGUUUUAUGUUUUUAAAAACUGAAAUGCUGCACAAGGUUGUAUCAACAUCAGUGUACUCUUUCCAGGUUACCUUUGGAUAAAAUUAUCUCUUUAGUCUGAAAGAGCUUUAUCACAAAAUGGCAGGGAAUUCUGUUUUCCUUGAUGACAACUUAAGCAAUUAAGUUGACUGCAACUUAACUUUCCUUUCCUUGUGAAGCAGUAUUUCACUCUGAAAUCCAUCAGCUGCUUAUAAACGAUUUAAUUCAUUUUCUUAAGCACCAGAUUUCUCAUCGUUUUUCUUGCUGACUUGGUGCUGUUUUCCCUCAUCCUGCUGGCACUCAGUACUGAUCCAAUUUUGUCCACUCAAAAUACAUUUGUACUGUAAUGGUCUUGCAGCAUAAAAGGGCCUUCAAGUAUUUAGUACUGGUGAGUGUGGGUUGCUUUAUUUUCUUUCUUCGAAUUUACCUUGUCAUGGAGGUAUGUGGCAUCACCUUUGUCAUUAUUUUGUAUGUUUUGAUUGGUUUUUUUUCUACUCCUAUGGACUCUGUAUUAGCCUUAACCUUUAUUUAUGACAGUCUACAUUUUACGCGGUGAGAGUCUGAGGUUUUGUGAUGAAAAAACCUGUUUAGCUGACCACUUGUGCUUUCUUGCUUCCCCCAUCACCUUGAAAAUAAAACUGAUGAAACAAAA